UCCUCUCUAGGGAGUGCUUUCAUUUCCUGCUACCCUGCCCGGAACAGGCCACACCAUGUCUCCCUGGCUUCUGGUACCCUGAGGAUGGCUGAGCCAGAUGGCCCAGCUGGAGGACAGGGCCCCACCAGGGGGCAGAGGCUGUUUCCUCUACAGACAAAUGGAGCAGGCAAGACCCCUCGGGGGACCCUGGGCAUCCCAGUGCCACUUCUGCACCUGCAGAGGGGAUGGGGGGUGUGGCAAGUCCCAGAUCUGGAUGUCCAGAGAGCUGAGGACCUUGUGCAGCUGUGGCCACCAGGGAGUUUCCUGGUCGUCGGACAUGAUCCCAACCAGGUCCUGGUACUGAGGACAGGACCUUCACCUGGAGAAGUUAACACCUACCAAAUCCAGAAGUUUCCCGGAGGUGUGUCUCUGGAUUCCUCCAACAUCUGUAUGCCAGACUUGCCUCAUCUCCUGGCCUUCCUCUCAGCCAGCAGGGAUAUCUUGCCCAGAACAUUGCUCUUGCCUUCUGCAGCUCUGGGUCCUGGACACAAACACCCAGAUCCACUGCUGGUUGGUGGGGUGCGACUUGACGUGUCACGGAGGACAUUGUGUGUGGUAAAUCAGCUCUACCUGGAGACCCAUGGAGCCUGGAAGAUGGAGAAGGUCUCCCAAGAGCCAGAGACCAACACUGCUCAGACACAAGGGCCAAAGACCAUGAAGCCAGCCCCCCACCGGGUCUCCUGGGUGGAAGGCCCACUCAGCCCUGAAGUGUGCCAUCGUGGCCCAGUUCUGGCCAGUCUGGUGGAGGAGAAGGAGGAAGAGGAGGACAGCGAUGUCUACAGAGAUGAUGAGGAUGAUGACCUUCUCACUGCUCACAUCCGAGCUCUUGCCAGAGUCAGGAGCAGCUAUGUGGCCAAGCAGUACCAGGGCCUUCAAGAGCGACUCACCUCAGUUUCGGGCGGGCCCCACAGGCCUGGAGACCCAGCCACUGAGUUGCUUCAGGAUGUACGCCACUUCCUGACUGACCUCCAGGAGUACUUGGCCAAGGAUCCUGACGUCAGAGCUGUCUUUGAGAACAGGGGAUCUGGGGUGACCCAGAAGGAGGAGAACCUUGGCUCCGCUGUGGAAGCAGCCGUGUGCCGCGCAGUGCUGGCUCCCCUCAAACCCGCCCUGUGGACGCGACUCCGCACUUUGCGGGCCCAGGAACUGCGGAGACUGCGGCGGAGACAAAUCGCCUUGAGGGCGGGGGCGGGGCCUCCGGGCGCACAGGGGGCGGGGCCUCCGGGGGCGGGGCUUGAGCGGCCGCGCCCCGCCCGCGCCCUGCGGAACCACAUCCACGCCCGCCUGCACAGCUUGCACGCCGCGUGCGCCCCGCGCCGCAAGGUGGCGCUGCUGCUGGCCGUGUGCGGUGACAUCUACGCGGGCUUGGAGAGGGCCGGGCAGGAGAGCCCAGAGCCCCUGGGAGCCGACGCCUUUCUGCCUGCCCUAACCGAGGAGCUGAUCUGGAGUCCCCACAUUGGGGAGACGCAGCUGGACGUGGAGUACCUGAUGGAACUCUUGGAUCCUGAUGAGCUGCGGGGAGAGGCUGGGUACUACCUGACCUCGUGGUUUGGGGCACUGUACCACAUUGCCCACUACCAGCCUGAGGCCGGCCAAGCACCCCAGGGACUCAGCUCUGAGGUGCAUGCUUCCUUGCGUCAAUGGCACCGCAGGCGGACACUGCACCACCAGGAUCGGCCUGGGGCUCAGGUGACUGCUGACUUGCCUUUUGAGGAACCCUGGGCAGUGGGGACUGUGCCAGGGACCAAUGAUGAUUGACAGCUCAAAACGCUCACAGUAGACCA